CUCAAGGGAACGAUCAGGUCAAAUGUGAUGAACCAGUUCCAAUGUUUAAAUUAACUGCAGAACAAAUGGAAGAGUUCAGAGAAGCUUUUAAUAGUUUUGAUCGCAACAAUGAUGGCGUCAUAUCCGUGGAUGAGUUUGGUGAUGUCAUCAGGUCACUAGGUCAUAAACAUUCCAAGAAAGAUAUCGAGGAAGCUAUUCAACGAUUUGAUGAAAAUAAAAACGGUACAAUAGAAUUCGACGAGUUUAUCAAGAUGGUUGGAUUACUCCCUACGAGUGAUAAAGAACAAGACCAAGAAGAACUAAAGAAAGCAUUUCAGUUAUUUGACAAAGAUGGUAACGGUUAUAUCAGUGCUGCUGAGCUGAAGUUGGCGAUGACGACACUUGGUGAACCUUUAACGGAUGACGAGGUUGCAGAAAUGAUUGCCAACGCAGAUAUUGACCAAGAUGGAAAGAUUAAUUAUGGAGAAUUCGUUGAAAUGAUCAUGCAAUCUUCAGAGAAUUCAUGAGACGCACACACUAUGGAUGAACGGCAUCUUUAUGUCUAUUGAAGUAUAUUAUCAAUAAAAAGAUGUAUUGUCUGAUAUCCAGCAUUGCUCUUCAUAUCAAGAAAAUAAUGUAAUAAAGGAACUAUAAAAUGAAUACCGUAUUGGUUUAUAACUCCCUUUUGAUGUGACGACGAAGAUUAUGGCCUGGGAUUAUGACUAUGAUCAUCUUGAAUUGAAAGUAACUGCAAGAAUAUUUAUUAGGAGGCUGCACUCCACAAGCUCCGCUUUUUAGCAGCCCCCUCCAUUUCCAACCUGAUAUGUAAUAAUCUUGAAUAUAAUUUUUGUACAGGGAUACUUGUAAUAUGUUUUGUUAUUUGUAUGUCAAAAUGUACAAAACGAACUGUAAUUGUUGAAAAUGGAAAUUAACGAAAUGAAAAGUGGGAUGGAAGAUAAAUGACAGGCUCCUCUCUUCUCAACUGAGGAAGAAGAAUGGGUGUCGAUCACUGGGGGUGAAGGAUAUUCACACAAUAUUUUAGGUAGGGGUGGCCUGAGUUAUCAUCUCCCUAGUAAUUUAUGGUCGAACAUAAUAAUAUGUAUGAUGACAAGUAUGAUCACGAUGAUAAGGAACAAGUACGAGAUGAUCAUGAUCAUGAUGAUGGUAGUGUUGAUUGUCGUAUGUCUAUACACACGAUGACCAUAAAUUGGAAUUUUCUUAUAUUAAAUAUUAUCAAAUGAAACAAAAUCUUUCAGAAAAUGUUUAAGUCAGAUCAUGGACUUAUUUUAAUAGGUCCAUGGUCAGAUUGGUGCAGUAGUAGUAGUAGUAGUAGUAGUAGUAGUAGUAGUAGUAGUAGUAGAAGUAGUAGUAGUAGUAGUAGUAGUAGUAGUAGUAGUAGUAGUUAUAGUAGUAGUAGUCAGUGGCAAUCGGCUGGCC